AUGCCAUCAACUCUGAGCAAAGCCAGCGGUUCCGUCGAGCGUGCGGUUGCUACGACCGACAUCGACCGACGCUGUGGUGAUACGAACCACACACCGCUGAUGGUGGCCUCCGUCAUUGGUUCCUCGCGCGUUGUCAAAGACCUUCUGCGGCAGGGUGCCAGCGUCUCGGUGGCGGACAGCGACGGUUAUACUGCUCUGCACCAUUCGGUUUAUCACAGGCAUCUGGCCGUCAGCAUAUCCCUGAUCGAGGCGGGAGCGGACCUUGAAGCGAGGCCCGGUGGCACAGAUACACCACUCCACGUGGCCGUGGCGAAAGGGUUUUGCCAAGGAAUGGUGGUGCUGAUGGACGCAGGCGCGAAGGUGGACAGCAGGCUCGAAGACGGAGCCACACCCCUAUACGUUGCUACGCAAAAAGGGAAAUUGGGUGCCGUCAGAGUUCUCCUUCGGGCGAACGCGAAUCCGCUCUUGUCAGCGUACGGAAGUCUGCCGCUAGGGACGGCGGUUUACAAUGGACACCUGAAAGUGGUCAGCGAGCUCGUGCAUUGGUACGGAACCGACCGCUGUACAAACGACGGCGGCGUACUGGCUCUCGCAACGGCCGCUUCUCGCAAACACGUGGACAUCGUCACCUUCCUGUGCGAUGCCGGUGUGGUUGAUACGGAGGGCGUUGCCCUGUGUGCCGCCAUUGAGGGAUGUAGCGAGGCGUGCGUCUACCUUCUGCUGCGGAGGCAGGGUGGGAACAUCAAUGUAAGUACGCGUGCUUACGUCAACAUGGCCCACGGUACUCUCCCGGAAACCUACGACGAUUUUGUGUUCCAAGAAACACCGCUGGUGAGCACAUUCAAUCUGGGAAGCUUUCAUGCUCCCAGAUUCGCGCGCUUGCUACUCGAAGCCGGGGCGGACGCGACAUCGGGCGUUCGGUUUCCGUGCGACAGUGAUGAGGGGGAAGAAGACGAAGAUUUCAUCGGCACGCCCCUGGAACUAGCCACAUCCUAUUUUCGCAGAUUCAGUCCGAUGAGAGUCCACCGCGAGAUGGUGCGGGGGCUGAAGGGUGUCAUUCGCCUGCUGCGACAGGAGGAGGCAGUUCACGCGGUGUCCUGGACGUGGCCAAUCGACACCGGUCGUUCUGUAGAGCGUGCGUCCCGGAAGAAAUCAACAUCGAUCGCUCGCAUGCUCCCGCUUCUGAAGCGGAGGGCGGCGAAGCCUCGGGUGCUCUUGGCAGCCAUGUCUAGGUACAACAACAAGCACGAUGGAGCUUUCCUCGGGUACAACAACAAGCACGAUGGAGCUUUCCUCGGGUACUUGCCGGGAAAAAACGCGGGAGCUAAUACCAGGGUGGAACCCAGAGAAGAGUUUCGCACGGCGGAGUGCUCCGCUUUUUUCUAGGGUGUUUCGCUGUUUACCGAGCAUGCUCUGUGGGACAUCGAUACAGUGUUUGUGGGGUGUUUGGAUUCUUAGGGAAAAGGAAGGGGUUCGAUCCCAUGGCUUUGUCGGAGGUACUCCAGCGGCCUGCUGUCCCGAUAGCCGAAACGGAUUGGGUGGGGGG